GCGCGCAGAGGAAGCGCCCGGUGCGCGGUGGGGGUUUGACGAGCCGCUGGCGCUGCUGAUGGCGGCGGAGGGAGCGCAGGGAGGAGGGCAGACGCUCCAGACCAGGCCCCGCAGUCACACACCGACCAGAGCCGCGCACCCAGCCCGACGCACGGAGCCGCAGAGCCGCAGAGCCGAGUCCAGGUCCACGGAGCUGAUGUAGUUGGCGUACGUCCUGCUCCUCGCCACCAGCUGCAGACGUCAUCCGGCCGACAAACAAGCUGCUCGAUUAGUCCUGGUUUAGUCCUGGUUUAGUCCUGGUUUUAGACAUUGAUCAGGUCUUGAUUUGGACCUAGCUUAACCUUUCUUUAGCUUUAGCUUUAGCUGUUUUUUAUAUUCAGUUGACACAUUUUCCUCACUAAAAUCCUAUAAACAUAAUAAAAAGUGAGGAUUUCGAUCUUGAGCUGCUUGGAGACACAGCGGAGGCCUUGCUAGGGCCUUUAGCGGUCCGUUAGCGGUCCGCGCGGGAUUAGCCGUAGCCGUGGCGUAGAGUAGCUGCAGGAGAAGCGGGGGUGUGAUGGAGUACCACUCCGGUGGUAGCCUGCCCCUGCUGGGGAGACCGCGCUACUGCCCCGGUGCUAACGCUAAUGGAGGCUACCUGUGUGAGACGGGACACUGCUGCGGCGAGAGCGGCUGCUGCACGUACUACUACGAGCUCUGGUGGUUCUGGCUGCUCUGGACGGUUCUGAUCCUGUUCAGUUGCUGCUGCGCUUAUCGCCAUCGCAGAGCCAAACUCAGAGUCCAACAGCAGCAGAGACAAAGAGACAUCAGCCUCCUCGCCUACCAGGGGGCCUCCUCUUUCCCCUCCUCCAUGCUGGACCUGAGUUUCUUGGCGUCCCUGAAGUUGCCGUCGUACGAGGAGGUGGCGGCGCAGCCCUCCACCCCUCCUCCUCCGUACAGCUCCGUGUUCACCGCUCCCCGAUACCCGCAACCCCCCCGCACCACCGACCCCCACCUCCUCACCCAGCACCCAGGGACCCCGCUCCACCGGCCCCUGCAGCCCCUGAGCGACGGGCCGUCCUCGCUCAGCUCCGACAACAGCUCCAGCUGCUCCUGUGACUCCUGCUGCCCGUCCUCCCCGUGUAGCUCCUCCCUCUCUGCGCCCGUCACCUACGAGACAGACACAAGCCACACCUCCACGCCCAGCGAAGCCACGCCCCUUGCCCUGGACUCCGUCACCAUGGAGAUGAUCAGCGCGGCCGCCACUCGCCUGGAGCUGCCCCAGGGCAAGACGGACGACUCUGCCGCGGUCACCAUUUUAAUCGAGGAAACCGAUCCGGUAGCCGCAACAGAAAGCGUCGCCGUUGUUGCUGCCGGAUCCGCGUCACCUUUGGAAACAAUAGCCUCGCCCAAUUCGGAUGCUACGUUUCCGGUUGGGAUUACGCCGCCGAUAAAGCAACAACUGGACAUCAAAACAGUUACAACCAAUCCGACUUCUUGUCCUCAGAGCACAGAAAAUUCAAAAUCCAGCUCGCCAACGACUAGCCCUCCAGCUAGCUUAAACGUAACAAGAACUUUUGAUAGCACCACCAGCCACAAACAGCCAAGGACUCUUAACCUAAUACUAGACUCUAUGGGCGGGAACACGGACACAAACCCAAGUUUAGUCCCGAUUUCGGUCUCCCCGCAGAAUCCAAACAGACCUAUUUUAUCUGAUGAGACUUGCACGUCCAAAUCAGAUUCCAAAACUCCAGAAACUACCCCCGCCAACUCAUCUCCCACAAGAACUUUACAUUUAUUUGCCGACUCGAAUGCCACAAAUCCUGACCAGCCUAUGAUCCCGUCACCUCCAAGCCAAGGAAUUUCCCAUUUUUCUACCAAACCAGCUGGAGAAACUUCAGAAUUAGACACAAAAACAUCUAAUAUCACACAACAACAUGAUAAAGUUACGUGUUUCGUCAAAGGGCCAAGCAAAACUUCGGGAAUUACAAGCCCAGCACCUACAAACGAAGUUGACGUUACUAACAACCAUCAAGACACGUUUGGGUCUUGCAAACUAACUGCAGAACUGGUGAAAUCAACAGAAACGGUAGCUACAAAUGUUGACCAAAAAAGUGAUAACGUAGAUACAAGCACUUUACAAAAUUCAGGUAUUUUGCGGGCACCCAAAACAUUACUCGAACUCGCUUCUUCUCGCCCAGAAACUGCAGACAAACUUGAACCUAAAGUUGCAACGAAAGCUGUAACUCCUCCGCCAGUUCCUGAAACGCUAAAUUUAACUGAAAAGCCAAGUUCAACCGAUGCGGAUUCGAAAAUUCAGUCUCCGACGGUUCGCCAAACUCUAGAAAUCGCCACAGUUUCCCCAGUUUCAAUAUCCACACCAGAUCACGCCAACUUGGACUGUCCUGUUUCACCUUUGUCCCAAGACGUUGCCUCGAAGGAGUUGAGUUGCCAAGAAAGCACUGCAUCGAGUUUGGGUUUUUACAAAGACCCAAGUUUUAAUUCAAAAGCUAAGUCGGACUUAACCUUAGCUUCUGAUAUUCUUUGGUCGACGUUUGAUAGAAAAACUGAGGAUGUGUCAGACGAGAAAACGUUGUCGAAAUCGCUCCCGACGGAGUCCGCCUUGAGUUUAGGCGUCUCCCAGUCGCAUAGCCUUAAUUUGCAGCACUCUUUUGCAAAUUUGCCGGUCAAAAACGAAAAUUCAAAUUCUUUUUUCCCCGCAAUUACAAUCCAAGCAGAUCCUCCGUCUUUCACGACCUCACCUUCUUCACCUUCCUCGAUACCUUCGCCUUCCCUUCCCUCUCCGCCGGGUUCCAUGUUGCUGUUGGACCCUCUCGCCGCUCUCCACGUGUCUGAGAAAAGCGCCGCGUCUUCGGGUCACGCUUCGUCUCUGUCCCCCUCUCCGCGGAACACGCAGUCUCCGCCCAAACAAACCCUAUUCUCGCCGUGCGUAGACGUUUUCGAACCCGUGAACCCCAACUGGGACGACGAGGAGUCCGAGGAGCAGGCCGACGAAGAGUACUGCGAGGAUAGCGACGUAGCGGCGGACGAAAGCCAAUACCGACACAGAAGGUUAACGGGGGAUUCGGGUAUCGAAGUUUGCCGUUGCCGAGUUGAAGACGAAGACGACGACGACGAUGAGAAGGAGGAGCUGAAACAAGAUGGCGGCAAAGACGGAGGAGAGAAGAAGUUAUUCGUCGGCAGUGCGGAGCUUCACGACAGCGUGGAUUGUCCGGUGAGGAGCCAAAAGGGCGGAGACGACUUAAGUUUGUGUAACACGGAAACGACGCAGGGUCCGGAUGAGAAAGUGGUGAUUUCUGUUGAAACUGUGUAAUCUGGAAAAACAAAGGGCACGAAACGAUUGUAAAUGAGGGAUUAUUCUUUAUCGGAUUCAUGGGAAAUGGGAAAACAACAAUAUUAAAUGAGUUUAAUUAACAGUUUCAUCUUGAUAAGUGGAUUUUGGACUGGUUUUAUAAAUGAUAAAUAUUGUUGGUCACUUAAAAUAAGAGAUGGAAAGUACUGUUAAGAAAAAGUACUACUUAGACUUCCCAUAAUUUGGGAUUUGGGGGAUUUUUAAAUGCACCGUUUCAUUAAAAGACACAAGCAGCAACAAAUCAACACCAGAAUGAACCAAUAAUUCGUCCGAAAAAGGUUAUUAUUCACUUAUUCUCACUCCACAGCUCAAAUCUGAUCAUAUUACAACAAAAAUACCACAAAUUUACCUCAAUACUUAAAUAUCGAGGCCCAAAAUACACUGCUCUAAGUUUGAAAUACUGAACGAUAAGUUGAUGUAGUGAUUAUUAUUCACAAAUCCACCCAGUUUAAGAGUCUAACCGUUUAAUUUUGUUUCCAUUAUAAUGAAAAACUAAAUAAUAAAUAAUAAAUAAUUGCACUUUUUUAAGAAUUUUGCCUUGACCUGUCAGUAUUUCCAGUACUUUUUCUGACUUUAAGUGCAACAAUGUGUAUUUUUACUGUGGUCAAACAGAUCGGACACAGAUUUAGUUCAAACUGGUUUAAAUUAUUGGUUUAAUAUUGUUGUUUUCUCAUAAUUCAAGUGUGUUCAUUCGCUCUGCUGUUUUAUUUACAUCUAUAGUUUUGUUUUUGGUUUGAUUAUUUAGACGUCAUAAGUUUUAUCGAAAAUGGAAACUCUCUUUUACAAAUUGACUGACCUGAGUGAACUUUAUAGAAGUUUAACAAAAUAUUCUGGACUUUUGGUUUGUACAAAAGGUGUUAAAAAAAAGAGGCAAAUACAAGACGCAAGACAAUAUCAAAUACCGUGACUGAGUGUGACGUCACCACAGCUUCAGCUCCAACUGCAGCUCAUCGUUGCUAGCAUAGCGGCUAAUCUGGAGACGAGCUUCAUAUUUCGAUUUCGAACAUUUAAGACCAAAACGACGAGUCUGACAGUAACAGUUACAGAGAGAGUGGACACAGUUGUUCAAUAGAAAGUGAAUUGGAGUCAGAGUCGACGGAGCAGGAAGUGCGUCCACGCUCACUUCCUGUUUGGAGCGCGGUGGCUAGCAGGUUAGCUACGUCCAUUUAUGUAAACAGUCUAAGAUGGAGUCUAAACUGGUUCUUAAACGGGACGAAAUCUGGUUUAAAUCUGCAGCUAAACAGCCUAAACUGUUCAAUUUUUAAACCACUACUGCGCAAAAUCACUUUAUUCAAAUUAAAACGUCAAAAUGUGCAGAAAAAGUUUAAAAUCUAUUCCUAAAAUGACAAUAACCUGCUGGAAUGUGGCUGGAUCUUGCCUUGAGUUUUGACGCCUCUAAAUGUUUCAGUCGUUAGUUAUAAGUUCAAGACCAUUUUUAUCGAAAAUUGAUCAAAUUAAAACCCGUUCGAGCUUUUCAAACACAUCUACCAUCAACUUCCCUUAUGGCUUUGUGUCAGAUGCCCUCCCAUGUGCAGUAAAAUAAGGCAGAUUUUGUGUUGGUUGGAAAAUGAUCGCACGAUUCCAGAUUAAAUCCAGACUUAAUUUAAAUCAGGUUCAGUAUUUUUUGGAUUUUCGUUUUGCAGAUUCCUCAAAUUCCCAAACGUGAGAACCCUGGACCUGUUGUCAUUUCUAUUAUUAACACCAGGGGGGCACGUACCACCGUUUGAGACCCGGUGGAGUUUGUGACGCACAGAAUUAGUCAAAAACAGUGACUGGUUUUGUUUGUAUUUUGGACACGAGCGUAGGAGCAGCAGUUAGACAUCGGGUUAUUAUCGUCCUCAGUGGAAGUUAAACAAAGGAUUUCUGACGUGAAAAACUGACAAAGAGGCGACUUUUUGUGUCUCUUUUGGAUAAUCGUGCGGCGUCGGGGCUUUUUAAAGAGCGCGGCGGAGAAAACGGCGGCAGAAUUAGCUCAUAAAGACGUUUUUUGAGAUGAUUCAUGGUUAAUAUCUCUGUAAUUCCUGAAACUAAAACUGACACAAAGCUCUACGUUCUCCUCCUAAAGAUGAUCCAUGGAACUUUUCCGGCGGAGGGGUCUGUCACCUGCUCGUCUCCAUGGAGAUGUUACUGCUUUAUUUACCUGGAAUGUCUCACAGUGUGGCUUUAAACGUGUCUGUCCCGCGUUUACUCAAUUCCAGGUGUUUUGUUCGCUCAUAAAUGUCGUGGAAAAACGUGUGUCCUUACUGUGAGUGGGCUCGCCUCUCUACAGAUCUGGCCUGUAACACGACCCCCGGGGUGUGUGUACUGCUAGUUUCCAUGGGGAUAGAUGAAUUUAAUGCCAUACCGUGGAACAUUUCGCUCCACGGAGAUGAGCAGACGAGCAGGUUCCAUCGCGAAGUUGCCAAAAUUAAAGACGAUAAACUGGGAGAUGUUUUUAAAAGUUCUUAAAAUGGCGGGUCCUCCUUCACCUCCUUCUCCUCCUUCUUCACCUCCUUCUUCUCCUCCUUCUUCACCUCCUUCUCCUCCUCCUCGCUCUGUGACUUUACUUUCACUGAAUCCAACCAGUACAAAAGUAGAAGUGUGAUUCCAUAGACUUUCUGUGGGUAUUUUCCGACAAAUGAUAUAUUUUGUGAAGUGAUUUGAAAGUGAAUAGCAAUAUUUUUCAUGAGCAAUUGUGUAAAUACAGAGUUUGGUCUCGUGGAGCGACACCGAAAACGCUUUAAAUAAAUAUACGGCGCCGUCCACUGCAGCGGGACAGGUCAGACGUUAAAGGUUUUAAAAAUGUAAAAAAAAAACUAAAAUAUUUUAAUAUUUAGAAAAAAUUUAAAUUGAAAAAAAUAUUACGGUCGUGAUGAAUUCCCCUGAACUAAUUAUUGUAAAUCUACUUUUUAUCUUAGUUAAUCCUGUUUUAGUUCUGGUCUAAUCCCUGAGUAAGAUUCUGCUUUAGUCCUUUAAGACCCUGGUUUAGUCCUGGUUUAG